AUGAAGAUCAUCCUCCACUCCCACUUCCCAGCCGGCCACACGUACCCCAUGCAAGCCGUCGCCCAGGCCCUCGUCGCCCACGGCCACACCGUCCUCUGGCUAAGCAACCCGGACAACGAAGCCCGCGUGCUCGCAUCAGGCGCCAACUUCAUCCCAACCAAGGCCAUUGCCGCCCUCGACUCUCCUCUCAUCAAAGCCCACAAAACGGGCCUGUUCGACCAACCCCGGAGCGGCCUCGACCGCCGUCUUCUCGCCCAGGUAGCCGACUACCGCGCCGCGCUGGCCGCCCUCGACGCAGACGUGCUGCUGGUAGACGUCCUCCCCCAGGGAGCGCGGGCGCUCUGCCAACUCGGCGAAAUACCCACAUACGCAACGCUGGGGGUCAUCCCGCUGUACACGUCCGCGCUGGAUGCCCCGUUGGCGGCUUCGGGCGCCGCGCCCCCGGCCUCCUGGGCCCGGUGGCUCACCAACGCCGCGAGCCAGCUUGCCGGCCGCUUUGUACAAGCACCGCUGUUCCUGCGCCCUGCUACGAACCGGCAGAGGCGGGCGCUCGGGCUGCCCGGUCUCCGUCUCGGCGAGCCGCUGGAGGAGUCGGCGUACAGCCCGCACUUGCACGUCCAGGCGUCGUCUUUGGAGCUCGAAUUCAACCAGCUGCCAAACACGGCUGCUCACCGGAAACACACCGUGUUUGUGGGACCGCUGGUCACGCAGACGGGCACCGAGCUGUCGAGGCUGCCGUCGUGGUGGUCCGGCUUGUCAAGCCAGAACAAGACCAUCGUAGGCAUAACGCAGGGGACUCUGGCUAUGGACCCGGCUUCGCUUGUUAUCCCGUCCAUCGAGGCGCUCCAGCAUGACGAUGGCCUCGCUCUCGUCGUGGUAUCGCCUUAUGAGGCGGAGAUCCGGUCGAGAACGAGGCGGACCGAGAAUGUCUACCACGCGGCGUGGCUGCCGUAUGACCUUCUCCUCCCGCGGCUGGCGCUGCUCAUCACCAACGGCGGGUACGGGAGUAUCACGCAGGCAUUGUCCCACGGGGUGCCGUUGCUGUGUGCCGGUCAGUCGGAGGACAAGAGGGACACCGCGGCAAGAGUGGCCUAUUCAGGGCUCGGCAUUGACCUCAAGACCGAUAGCCCGGAUGUGGAGAGUGUCAGACAAGCCGCUUAUGCGAUAUUGGGGGAUGAGGGCUACAGAUCCCGCGCGAGGGAGAUGGGGGAUGAGCUUAGUAGGCUAGGGGGCGCAGAUGCCGCAGUUGAAGCGCUGGAAGAGCUGGUUCGGAAUAAUACUGCGUCGUGA